UUCGAACUCCAAAAUGCAAUCAAUCCAUGCAUUGGGCUUCUCUCACUCUCUUCAAUUUUCCCAAUCCCAUUUCCAUCCCAACCCCAAAAAUUCUCUGCUAAGAACACUCGGCACCCAUGGAAGCAACAGGCAGGCUAGAACAAGCCUCAGUCUCCGAACAUCUUGGCCCUCCAUUUCCAUUGCCCUAUUCGGUUCAGGCUUUCUCUUAGGUCCUCUUCUCGAUGGUCUCCAUUCUCGGGUGAAUCUCGUCGUUUAUCAAAUAGGAUCCCUCGAUAUCGGCCCACUCCGCACUAACAUUUGUGUUCCUUUCUUGCUGGGAUUAUUUUACUGUACUGUUGGAUUGAUUCAACUCUACAUAGAUGAGAAUUUUUUGCCGAACAGACCGGAGGGGAGUUUGGGCAAGACAGUAGCAUCCUUAAUAGCAUUGGCUUUGUUUAUUGAAUUGAGUGCUGAAAUGUACAAAGCUGGAGUGGCUCCCAACAUUGAGGCAUAUGCAUUGUUUGCUGGGGCUGAGUUUAUAUGGGCAUUGCUUGAUAGUUCAUUGCUUGGCUUCUCACUGGCUUGUGUUGUUGGCCUUCUCUGCCCUCUGGCUGAGAUUCCCAUUAUGAAGUUCUUCCAUCUCUGGUAUUAUCCCCAAGCGAAUGUCGAGAUCUUUGGUGAGGGGCUAAUCAGCUGGACAAUCACUUGCUAUUUUGUAUACACUCCAUUCUUGAUUAAUUUAUCAAGGUGGCUCAUGAUGUCUGUGGUGGAUUCUGCUGCUGUAAAAAAAGAUGGGUCUGCUUAGUCAAAUGUUUUUCUGCCUAAUAGACUGGAAGAUUGGAGCUGUGAAGAAGCAAGCAAGUGGGUGUGAGUUAAAUUCCACCUGCCAAUUACUUUGGGUAACUUUCAUUUUGAUUCAUUUAUUGCCCAUUUGCAUUAGCUGUGAGCUUUCUGCUGCUGAUUCCUACUGUGGGGAGCGUUGGAUGUCUAUCAUACAAAAAAAUCUCCUUUCUAUUAGUACUUUCAGGUUAUGUGAUCCUCAUCGGGUUGAAUAUACUUUUGAUUCUUGAAUGUAUCCUUUGAUGACAAAUUGAUUAAUUUUUACGAGUUUUCUGAUCUUGCGAUUUGAA